GAUGGCAGUGGUUACAGUCUGUCUCAUGUGUCAGUGUACAGCAGAGCCUCGAGGCAGCUGCUCUCUGCAGGUUUGAUGCCCCAUUCAAAGGCUGGUUGUUUGAGCUGAAAAUGACCCUGCCUCUCCGCCGUGUAGGAAUGGCAACCACUGGGAACCUUUCUGAAGAGCAGGUGCACUGCUCCAUCUGUCUCGACGUCUUCACCAAUCCCGUAUCCAUCCCCUGUGGACACAACUUCUGCCAGAGCUGCAUUCUGGGAUACUGGAAAACCAGCCCUUUGUAUCAGUGUCCUAUGUGCAAGAAGUCCUUCUACAAAAGGCCCGAUAUUAGCGUUAACACUGUCCUGAGGGAAAUCGCAGAGCAGUUCAAGGAAAUCAGGGUUAAAAGUGUAAAAGGGAACUUGAGCAAAGAGGAGGAGGAGGAGGGGAAAGUGGAGAAAGAAAAGAAGUGGACAAUGGAGAGACGGAAAAAGGAGGAUGAAGAGAAGCUUUUGGAGAAAGAUCAGAAGAAGCAGCUUCUGGAGGAGCUGAAGCAGAAGCAGGAGGAGGAGAGGAGAAAGAAAGAGGCGUCAAAGGAGAAACCAGGAGAGAAGAAGCCACCGCCAGAGGAUUUACCACCGCUGAUUCCCCGAGGGUCAGCCACCAAAACUUCCUCUCUGCCAUCACCAUUGUUCGAGGCAUCAGCUCAAACAUCACGCCCACAAUCACCUCCAAUCCCUCCUUCUCCAGCUCCUCAAGCCUCACCUUCACCUACUUCCUCUUCGCUCCUACCUUCUUCCUGGGAGGAGGUCCUGUGUGAUGUUUGCCUAGGGGAAGGCAGGCCGAAAGCGGUCAAAUCCUGCCUCGUAUGUCUGACUUCCUACUGUGAGGAGCAUCUAAAAUCUCACACUGCCAGGUUCACGAAGCACAAGCUGAUGGAGCCUGUCGCGAACAUGGAGGACAGGAUGUGUCCUAAGCAUGAAAGGCUGUUGGAGCUGUUCUGUAAGAAGGAUCAAACCUGUGUGUGUGUACUCUGCACUGAGACAGACCACAGGGCGCACUACACUGUCCCUGUGGAGCGAGAAUGGACAGAGAAAAAGGCACAGCUGAAGAGGACAGAGAUGGAUGUCCAGCAAAUGAUCGAGGAGAGAGUGAAGAAGGUGGAGGAGAUCAAACACUCUGUGGAGCUCAACAAAGCUAGCGCUCAGAGAGAGAUCGAGGACAGCAUGCAGGUCUUCUCAGAGCUGGUGCGCUCCAUCCAGAGGACUCAGGCCGAUCUGGUUUUGGCCAUAGAGGAGAAGCAGAGGCAGACAGAGAGAUGGGCCGAGAACCUUAUUACAGAACUGGACCAGGAAAUCGCUGUGUUAAAAAGGAGGAAUACAGAUCUGGAAAACAUGGCUCGUACAGACCACAUUCACUUCUUGAAGAGUUUCCCGGCUCUUAGCACUACACCAUCUGUGAAAGACUGGUCUGAGACCAAUGUUCCCACUGCCAUGUGCAUAGGCAUGAUCAGGAGAUCUGUGUCCCAACUGGAGGCAACACUGAAUGAAGUAAUCGAAAAACUGGCAGAAAGUGAGACCAAAAAGAUUCUGAAAUAUUCAGCGGAUGUCACUCUGGACCCUGACACAGCAAACCCGUGGUUGCAGCUUUCUCAGGACAGACGUCAGGUGAGACACCUGGGUGCAUGGCAGGACCUCCCUGACCACCCUGACCGCUUUGACACGGUGGUCAUUGUCUUGGGCCGUGAGGGCUUCACCUCAGGAAGACAUUUCUGGGAAGUCCAGGUGGGAGACAAGGAUGACUGGUACCUGGGCGUAGCCAAGUCUUCUGUCAACAGGAAGGGUAGGAUCUCUGUGAGCACCACCCAUGGCUACUGGGCUCUGGCCAUGAAGAAAGGCCAAGGGUACCGGGUGUCAACAUCCCCGCCGGUACUGCUCACCCUCGACUCCAAGCCCAAGCAAGUGGGUGUGUACGUGGACUACAAGGAGGGCCAAGUGUCAUUUUAUGACAUGAGAGCUCGGACUCAUAUUUACACGUUCAAAGAUACAUUCACGGAGAAGAUUCUGCCCUUUUUCUACCUGUACUGCUGCGACAAAGCCUCUGAUACCUUUGUGAUCUGUCCUGCGAAUGAGAAGAGCCCGAUCAAGCAAAAAUUUACCGUAGAACUACGAAGCGUAAGAGACCCGAAAUAUAAAACAUAUAAAUUACCUUUUGUCCUGCACAGAGCCAUAAUGUCAUCAUUCAGUGUCCUCAACUCAUUGCCAAAGGAUCAUUUCCAGUGUCCAAUCUGUCUGAAUGUCUUCAGCGACCCGGUCACCACACCUUGUGGUCACAACUUCUGCAAGACCUGCCUCAGCGAGCACUGGGACAACAGUGAGUUGUGUCACUGUCCGACAUGUAAUAAAAGAUUCUACAUCAAACCUGAGAUCUCCACAAACGCGGUCAUUGACGAGAUUUCGGUCCAAAUAAAGAAGAGAAAAGUUGAGAUACUGGAAAGCGCUGAUGCGCCAUGGCAGGUGAAGUGUGAUGUGUGCUCUGAAGUUAAGUUCAAGGCCCUCAAGUCAUGCCUGGUGUGUCUGACGUCAUACUGUGAAGCCCACCUGGAGCCUCACCAGAGAGUACCCUCCCUGAUAAGACACAAGCUGAUCGACCCGGUGGAGAACCUGGAGGAGAGGAUGUGUGUGAAGCAUGAGAGGAUGCUGGACCUUUUCUGCAGGGGUGAAGAGGUGUGCAUCUGUCUGCUUUGCAAUGAGACAGACCACAAAUACCACGAGACAGUGCCUGUUGAAGAAGAAGGGGCUUUACAGAAGGAAAAUAUUGAGUCCAAAAAAGCUAAGAUCCAAACGAUGAUUGAGGCCAGACUGGAAAAAAUAAAAGAAUUUACGGUUUCUUCUGAAAUGAGGAGAGAGAAAGCAAAUAAAGAGGCCGGGGACAGUGAUAAGCUGUUCAAUACUCUGAUGACUCGUGUUCAAGAGAUGCAAAUGAAAAUCAAUUCAAAUAUUCAGGAGAAGCUCCAAAAAUCUGAAGAGAAAGACAAAGCGAUGAUUAAAGAGCUGGAGGACGAAAUCACCCAACUGCAGAGGAAGCAGUCUGAGCUGGAGGAGCUUUCACAAACUGAUGACCACGUUCACCUUCUGCAGACUUUGCAGUCCCUGAACACCCUCUCAGACGGCAAGGACUGGUCUCAGGUCAGGGUUUACUCAGACGUGUAUGUGCGGACGCUGAGGAGAGCCAUGUCUCAUCUUGUGCACACUUUUCGUGCCGAACUGAAAAUUCUGACAAACAUGGAACUGACAAGAAUGAGACAAUACAAAGAGUCCGUCACCUUUGACCCAACCACUGCCGGUUGCUACCUUGUGGUGUCUGAAUUUGGUAAACGUUUGAAGUACUCCAAAACUGCGAGCACCUCAUCGCCUGCUGACUUUGACAGGUUUGACUGUCCCAUGGUUUUAGGCAAAAAGGGCUUCACCUCUGGGCGGCACUAUUGGGAAGUCCAAGUGGGCCUCAGAACCGAAUGGGACAUUGGUGUUGCAAAGGAAACGGUAUCCAGGACGGGAACCAUUGUGAAAAGAGAAAAUGGCUUCUUUGCCAUAGGGAAGAAAGGUGUUGAAUAUAAAGCUCAACGCACACCCUACACAGUUCUUAACCUGAGUCCCAGACCAAGACAGGUGGGAGUUUACGUGGACUACGAAGAAGGCCGAGUCUCUUUCUAUGAUGUGAAUGAGAAGUUGCAUAUUUACUCUUUCACGGGAGAAUCUUUCACAGAGAAACUGUUCCCGUACUUUUAUCUGUACAGUUGGGCAAAGAAAUCAGAGCCUUUGAUUAUUACCUCUAUGGAAGAUCAAGCACUUCUCUUCUCUCGCAUUCGCCUCCUCACACAAGCUAAAGAAUAACUAAUCAGUAUAAAACUGUUGUAAGGUCAAUCCUCACAACUCCAAAAAGGCCUGCAAUGAUUGAACCUUUCAAGACUCACCACAUACAGUAACUUUAUCCUAAUGUUCUCUUUUGCUCUCCUGAAGACCUGGGCCCUCUUUAACAGCUCAAAAAACAUACUUAACAUUGUUUUAUCAGCUUGAUACUUCAUGACUUUUCCUAAUUAUAUGUGAAUUGCUUUGGAACAUGAUUUUGACCUGAUGAUAUACUUCAGAACUCCACUACAGAAGAUGAUUCAUAACCUCUGUCUGGGCAGAUAUGUUUAAAUGCAAUGGAUUUUCCUAUGUUCUUUAUCUGUGAUUUGUGUUGACAGUACUUCUUUAUGCAGCACUACAUCUCCCAAAUCCCCAAUAACUCUGUUUUUACCCCAAACAUAUCAAUAUGUAGGAUAAGAUACUGUUUCUUUGUCCAUUAAUGACUUUUUGGCAAGGUCUAAUAACAAUGCUUUGUGUUAUUUUCAGUGCAUGCUCACAUUGUGGCACAGUACUUUUCUACAUAUUGGGUUUUGAUGAGAUCAGAGGAACAGAAAAAUCAUAUUUCAUGGUGAAAAAUGAGAAAAUCUUUGCAACUAUUGUUAUUUUUACACAUACAGGAUUGAAGUCUGUGGGAUCCCAAACAAU